CUACAGCAUAUAUGGUCGCGUUCCCUUUAUCGGUAAUAAAAAAGCAGCUGAGAUUGGCACGCGUAAUCACGACAAUUCCAAGUAGGAACGUGAAGUUCACUUCUCGGCAGCUCCGUGCACAUUGUUUCAACAUGGAAUGGUCGAAAACUGUCCUCCAAGGUACUGGGUCCCGUGAGGAACGUCCGCAGACUUCAGUAGAAACGCCAGACAUCCACGAGAAGAGAGCAAUACUGUGCUAUAUCGGCACACGCGCGCGCCGGCAGUAGAGACGCAUGGAUAGAAAAUCAACAACUGGAAGGCGUAUCUGGCCCGAGGGAGAGGAGAUGCAAUGCUAGGGCGCCGCGGUGAUUUAUAUUAAUCAAUCCCAAGAAUGUUGGUGACGACAAUGCACGAUGUCAAUGGUGUUGAAGUCCAGCAGGAUGAACGGAAAAAGAGUAUCCCACGAUGGAAGACUUCGAUUGGGCUAAUCGGCGCCCUCGCUUGCUUUUCCAUUUUGCGUACACCUUUCUACAAUGUCUCCAGUGAUCGAUUCUCUCCUUCUGCUCCGAAUAUUCUGAAGAAAAACGCUUCGUCGCAUUUUUGUCUAGACGCCUCCUGUGCGGGCGACAGCGGCCUUGUGUCGACCUACCCCGAAAAAAGGGACGAUGUGACACUGGGGACGUUGCGGACCCCGCAACAGAAGCCGCGUUCCACGGCGACGUACGAAUCAAUGUGCGAGUACAUUUCCUCUCGAUCUGCACUCAGUUUGUGGACCCAGUAUGCCGAUAUCGUUCUCCUAGCAAGCCGUCUGCCCGCGGAUCCGCAUUUUAACAUUGUGGAACGCGUCCUUCGACGGGGAUGGGAUCGUUACCAGUAUUUGCAACUACUUCAAAAUCCUGACCAAACUUUACACCCUGUGUACGAGCCUCCUAUUGUACAGGUUUUGGUUGUUGGGGGCUCGGUGACGUACGGAUUCAAAUGCACAGCCAUUAAUCGUGUACGCGGAAGGAGCUGCGCUUGGGCGAUGCGUCUGGAAUCUCUCCUGAAUGAGCUAGCCGGAGGAUUAUUGGUCAAAAUCCAUAAUCGUGGACUCGGAGGAAGUAAUUCGAAGACAGGCCAAGCCGUUUGGGAGGAAGAUAUUUACUCCGACGAAGGCAAGAUUCCGGACGUCGUCAUCAAUGGACAUUCAACCAACGACGCCGCAUGGACACAACAAGAGGGUGGCCAUGACUAUCUCGGUAAUUGGGGGCGCAACAUCAGAGAUACCACCAUAGUAUCACAAGAAAUCGAAGUCCUGGCCAACUACUACGGCUUUUCGCUCGUAUCCUACGCCAACGUUGUUCGAGAUUGGGUGUAUGGUGACACUCACGGGACCCUAUUUUCUCCGAUCUGGUACUCGGCGGACGGUAGUUACGUCACGGAGCCUCAUCCUGGGCAAGGGAUGCAUUUGUCUACCAUGUGGAUUAUGGCCUAUCACCUUCUCAGCCUAGCUACAACACUCUGUUCCACCGAGGUUUGGAAUAAACAAGCAACUGUUUGGAGCAACUUUUCCCAAACAAGCGUACUUCGAGCGUACAACACAAGCGACCAAAUCAAAUUUCCGGAGAAUGUUGAAUAUCAACCAUUGCCAUUGGGCCUGCCGCCACUUCUUACCAAUAAUCUAAGUCUCGUGGAUAUAACUGACAAAUGGCGGGCCAACGCGCGAAACAUUCCAAACACGUCGCUGGUGUGCUCCCACAGCAAUGAAUCACGAUGCAUUUAUUCCUGGAUAAAUGGCUUGGAGUGGGAGGAAACGAGUGCUAGCAUUGAAACCAAGUUUGCUCCGUUUGUAAAGCACCAGGGCAAGUGGAGUGUCAUUGAUGACACGGGACGUCACAAAUUUGGCUGGGUCCCGGCUGAGAAAGACUCUGAGCUCUUGUUCGAAUUCCGAAAUUUGACCCGACCUAUUGGUACAGUUACAUUAUUCCCAAUGAAGAGCUACGGAGAGAAAUGGCGCGAUUCCAACUCUCGCUUUCGUUUCAUGAGCCAAGAGGACGAAGCAGCAAGUUGGUCGGAAUUAAUUACGACGGAUAUUUCUGGCGUUCACGACAGGAAUACAAGCGAGACUUAUACUGUGAGCAUUGAUCUACCAUCGGCAAUUCCUAAGAAUGCCAACCUACGGAUGAGCAUGACACUUACAAAUGGAACUACCUUCAAACUCAUGGGACUUUCAGUUUGUAGCUAA